CCCAUCCGCUAACGUAUGGCUUCACAGUAGCUUUGAAUGGGGAUUUGAUGCAGAUUUCUUCAGCCUUAGAUUAGAAGGGGAAAUUGAUUUAUUCCUAGCAAUGCCAAGUAUAUCUAAUUUGCUGAAAGGAUUAUUUGUUGACGAAUGGAACGCAUUGUUACUAGUUAAAGAAUUAGGUGUAACACCUGUAUUAAAAUUCAAGUUGUUUAACAAAGAUGUAACCUUAGCACUUCAGGACAUCAUGACUGCCAGCAUAGACGCUUACAUGGAAAUAGGAGGACAAACGGAACGUUCUUGGUGUGGAAAUCAUGCAAAUCCAGAAGGUGUCUUUAUAUCUUUUAUGUCAAAUUUAAAUCCAUUCCGAGAUGUUCCACUUAUACAAGACUGGGUGUUUGAUAUGAAUAUAAGAUUGUUUGCAUUUUUCACUACCAGUCCUAACCAUAUGCCGACAUCAAAUACUACAAUAAAUGUUCUGACUGACAUAGAGGAUUUUAGUGCCGCAAUACAACGAUUUGGAGAUAUAUUAACAGAUUUAAUUGUAAGAUUUGGGAAGGAUUUGUCACAUACCGUUCAAACAUUCAUACACGAUUUUCAGACAUUAAUAUUAUCAUUUGUCCAAAUGCUUACAGAUGUUAUAAAAACUGGACAAUUCAACAUAAAACAAAUAUCUGAAAUUACCGGUAAUAUAUUUACUACUUACAUUGACAGUUUUAAAAGAAAGGGACAGGGUGUGCUCGAUUUGUUAGAGUUUGAGGGAAGUGUCGUUGCUUAUAAAAUCGCUCGAUUUAUCAAAACUGAACAACAAAUCAUUAGGAAAAACGUCGACAAAUUAUUAUCAAGGGUUAGGAGUCAAGUUUUCAGUGCAAUUAAAAAUUACAACGGAUUUGGAAUAAGAUUUUCUGUCGAUUUAUAUCUAAUCAAACUUGGAUUUGGUCAAAUGGACAUUGAAUUCAUAUAUUCAGUUGACCGUCUUGGUCAGUGCAGUAAAUUCAACAAAGUGUAUGAAAUCUUGAGUGGUGAACCAUCAAUAAAAAUUCUUGCCAGUCCAACCAUUCAAAAACGAUUAGGGAAAAUGCAGAGUCUUGGAAAAUACAAGAAAUUGGGAUAUUUUUUUCAAAUUUGAACUCAGUGACUCUUUAAGUAUUGCUUUAAGUAAGAUAUCGGUCAAAUUCGUAGCCCAUUUGCAUGUGCAUGCUGAACUCUUGGGAAUGAAGGUAUCAGGGGACGUGUUGAUAAGUAAUAAGGAGUUUUUUAUAGCUCUUGAGGGAAAUUUAUGGAAUGUAUACUUUGCCCGACUAUCUCUUUCAACCGAGCUAGGAGAUGACUGGUACAAUUUAAAUUAUCAUUUAAAAGGAGAACUAGUGGUGAAAAGGGGAGAACAUGAUUUUGGAGGCAGUUAUCUAGAUGGACUACUUAUUUUAUCACAAAAAGCCGCUGAUGGUGCAAAUAAACGACUGAAUACAGUUAAAGAGAAGCUAUCGUCUGCACAACAUAGCAUUUCAUUUAUCCAAGAUAAAUUAACUGUAGCGAUACAAAAAGUAAGGAAGUGUAAUGCUGAUUUCGAUACAGCUGUUUAUUCUAUGAAUAAGGCAAAACAAGCCCUAGAUCGUGCGAAAGGUCCUUUUGAAAGGGCCAUCGAUAAACUCGAUACAGCAAAGAAACAUAUGGAUAGUUUAUGUAAAAUAAAACGUUGUCAUAGCUUAUGUAUUCCUGGAAUAAAAUUCAAAAUAUGCAAAAAGGGAUGGUUCCGUUAUCCAUGCUUUAAAAUGACCAAAUGUAUGAUCCGGAUACCAAACAUUGCAUGCGGGAUUGCUAAUGUAGCAUGUCGAGCAGUGCGAGCAGUAGCCUAUGUUGCGUUAGAAGCUGCUAAACUUUUUGUUCGUGUUCCAAUCCUGGCAUUAGAUGCAGCUAAAGUCGCGGUAUCUGUUGCCCAGCUUGUUGUUGACAAAUCAAGAGUCGUUCUUGUUUUAGCAGAAGGUGUGCUUGAUGUUGCAAAACUUGACCUAGAAAUUGCAAAGGGGAUACUCGAGGUUGCAAAGGCUGAUAUUGAUACCGUAAAAUUUAUUGUAGGAGCAGCAUUGCAUGUUUUUGAUUUAAUUGUGGAAUAUGGUCUUCAGUCACUUCUUGAUGUCAGAAACUGUAGAUUCGAUCUUGAACUUUCAACUGAAGACAAAGACGUCUUCGAUGUGUCGUGCGAACUUAAAACUUUUCAGCUUCAUUGGCAUACAUUCAGAUUUGAAUUUGAUUUUAAAAAACCAAAGCUCAGCAUGUGGAGAAUAGCCAAAUCUACUAUUAAAACCUUGAUGGAAAUCAUUGGAGACAUAUUUGGGAAACGUAAAAGAAGGGCAAUUGUGUAUGAGUCAAUGUCUAGGUUGCAUCACAUAAUACAAAUUUAUAAAAGGGAUGAGACUAAUCAGUCUGAAUAUAUGAAUUUCACAAGCGAAUAUACAAAUGAUUCGUUUCCAUAUUUUGAUGAUAUCUCUGAAAUAUACUUCAAGAGCAAAUUUAAAAGUCGGGUUGAGUACUUUGCUUUCAAUUGUGAAUCGUUUCGUCACACAUUCUCAUUUCUAUCAGAAUCAAUUGAAAGCCUUAAUAUAAUGACAAAUGAAUCUACUAUUGCUCUAAAUGACGUAAUGUAUGUAAGAUAUACGAUAAAUAAUAUAAAUAGGACGAUAAAUAUCGACAAUUUAACAGCUGAGUCUCUUGGAAUAAGCACCGACUACGCUCUGCGAGAAUUUAACCUUACAGAUGAAGAUAUACGAAAUGCUAUAAUUGACAAUGCUACAGAUAUGACUUCUGAUGAUUCGUCUCUCUCGCAAAUGGCAAAUAUCUCAAAUAUCGCAGCGGAGCUUCUUGAUUCACAAAUGGCAGAUGCAGAUUCCAUAUCUGUUAUUGAUCACUGGAUUCAUGGAAUGACGAAUACUUCAAAGGAAUUUUUUUACGAAACAGAUUGCUCGGAUUUUCAGGACUGCAUUUUGUACUCGUUUUUUCAUCUCCAUGAUAUACUCGAUGAUGAAACAAUACCAGACCUAGAAUACAGUAGAAAUGUAUUAACUAUCCUUGAAGAUCAGUUUUCAGAGCUCAUCGUUAACAGCAGUAGAUCAAUAACAGAUACCAAUAGACUUUUAAUAGAAGUAACCGAAUUGUUAACAAGGUUGAAAAAUACUAACUUGUUCUGUACAGUUCCUCCUAAUGUUUCAAUUACAGUUCCGAAAACAAUAGCUCUUCUUGGAUCAUCCAUCAGUAUCAUUUGUAAUGUCAUAGGGGAUCCAAGAGCUUUUAUUAGCUGGUACCACAAUGGAACUCUUCUAUUUGGUGCAAAUAAAGAUGAACUGCUGCUCAUUAAUAUUCAACAACCUCAAGAAGGAACAUACAAGUGUAUAGCAGAAAAUAUUGUUGCGAAUGUAUCCUCAAAUGACACUCAGAUUUUUGUUAAAGGUACACUUAUUUAUUAUCUGUUCAGUUCUAAAGCUGUGCAUUUUUAA